AUGAACGCCCGCAGCUCCGUCGUCCGCACCCUUCCCUGCCUCGUAUCCGGCCUGCUUUGGACGGGAGCAACCUCCGCCGCCCGUUCCCGGCCUCUUCCCACGCCACCGCCGCUGCCCCUGCUCGCGCCGUCGCCUGCAUCCACCAUGGCCUCGCUGUCUCGAGCCAGCAGCGCUCGUCCCCACGAGCGCCAGCAGUCGCCGCCGCCGACCAGCAGGUCCUUGCCGCGCCCGUGCACCCCUUCCUCCUCCCUAUUCUCUCCUUCCCGAGCUCACUUCUCUCUCGGUUGCCCAGAUGCGCUGCCGCCGUCCGUUCGUCUACAGAGACCUCCGGCCUCGCCCGCGCCGGCCCCGCCGCAAGCCGCCCUGCUCUCUGUGCUCGCCGUCGCUGCCAUCCCGUGCGCCCGCCUCUGUUCGCCUGCAGCGAGCGACAGAGACAGCCCCGUGCCCGUUGACCGCAUCGGCCAGCUGCGUGGGCCCAGACCCAUGGAAGGCAUUCAGCCACCGGGCGACAAUGGCGGCGGCAGCGGCCUCCGGGCUCCUACUCCGGAAGGAGCUUCAUCGGAGAAUGCAAGAAGACCGGGGAGUGGGAGCGCUCGCUGCUCUGCUCUGGGCUCUGGGGUCGCUUCCUUUGCGCCACCACGAGGGAGCAAGCGACCGGAGGGAGGGAGCAACGACGACGGCGAUACAACACCUCCUCUGCGCCUAUAA